CGCUAAAGAGAAAGUGUCGAAUGCCUACUGGUCUUUAUUUUUAUUUUUUCUCAGUUGCCACUUUCUAACCAUUUUCCCAAAGAAUUGUCCAUUACAUGAGACAUGUCGAGCUCUCAAUGCCUGGAGAAUCCACCAACUCUAAACCCAGACUAUGGAGUUGGUACAGUUGAGGAACUGGGUGGCCUCAACACUUACGUCACUGGUCCUUCUGAUUCCAAGCUCGCCAUCCUUCUGGCCAACGACGCCUUUGGAUAUGAAGCACCAAAUUUAAGGAAGCUUGCAGACAAAGUUGCAGCAGCUGGAUUCCUUGUAGUGGUUCCUGAUUUUCUUUAUGGUGAUCCAGCUAAUCCAAAUAAUCCUAAAUUCGAUAGAGACAUCUGGAUGAAAAAUCAUGACACAGCUAAAGGAUGUGAAGAUGCCUUAAAAGUCAUUGCUGCACUUAAAAACAGGGGCAUUUCUGCAGUAGGGGCUGCAGGUUUUUGCUGGGGCGGAAUGGUAGUAGUAAAACUAGCAAGUUAUGAUUGCAUUCAGGCUGCAGUGAUUUUGCAUCCGGGUACGAUUACUGCUGAUGAGAUCAGAGCUGUUAAGGUUCCUACUGCUAUAUUGGGUGCUGAAUUUGAUCAUAUUUUCCCAUCCGAACAACUGAAACAGUUAGGAGAAAUUUUAGCAGCAAAAUCCCAGUUCGAGAGUUAUGUAAAGAUAUUCCCUGGUGUUGCUCAUGGAUGGACAAUGAGGUAUAAUGAUGAGGAUGAUUCAGCUGUCAAGAUUGCUGAAGAAGCUCAUUUAGACAUGUUGAAUUGGCUAGUUAAGCAUGUCAAAUGAGAGCAUAAGUUUCUAUAUAUGAAGAUUCUGAAUUCGAGUUUAGAAGGCCAGGCAAUGAAUUGGGUAUAAGAGAACUGGUUUAUGUGACUCAUGUAGAAACCAGCAUUAAUAAUAAACAUCUUCUGUGUCUGUAUCACUAUGUAUUAACCUUCUUAUUACAUGAUUAAAGAUGUGGUCUUUUCCACCA